AAUUUCAUAAAAACUAGUAUGUUGCACAACAGCGGAGAUUUUGAGUAACGUGAGCCGAGCUGAGCUUCGAAUGUUAUAUAGCAAUUAAUCAACCGUCUGAAAAAACAUAACCAAAGCAACAAUGUUUCUCCUAAGGCCUCAGUGUUUUCGAGUGUCUUCCAGUGUCAGGGAUGGAGUACAAAAGAGUUUUCAAUCCAUCCAGAGAAAUUCAUGUUCUCGCUGUUUGCAUCAGCAACAGAAAACUGUGACAUGUAGAGCUGGAAGUCUAUCUUUGUUAAGAGGCUCUGUGCAGUUUCUGAAACCAAAGGUUCAGUUGGUACUGAAACCUAGCCGGGUUCAAACCACAGUCGCUGCAAGUGUGAAUGCAAUCUCCCCCAGGGCAGAGAAGAUCGUCGGAGCAUGGCUGCUGUCUUGCUGUGGGAUGAUCGCAGGUACGGUCGUGCUCGGAGGUGUCACAAGGCUUACCGAAUCCGGCCUCUCCAUGACGGACUGGCAUCUCAUCAAAGGUAUGAGGCCUCCAACGUCUCAAGAACAAUGGGAAGCAGAGUUUGAAAGGUACAAGCAGUUCCCGGAGUACAAGUAUGUCCAUACCGAGAUAACCCUGCAACAGUUCAAGUUUAUUUGGAUGAUGGAGUAUAGUCAUAGGAUGUGGGGUAGGGCCAUUGGUCUGGCUUUCUUCAUUCCAGCUGCUAUCUUCUGGAAGAAAGGGUGGAUCAGUAAAGCCCUCAAACCAAGGCUGGCCAUCUAUGGCUCCCUUCUUGUCUUUCAAGGUUUGUUGGGUUGGUUUAUGGUGAAGAGUGGUCUAGAAGAACCAGCUAAGCACGACAUUCCGAGGGUCAGUCAGUAUCGCCUAGCAGCUCAUCUUGGUUCUGCUUUUGUUCUUUACUCCCUGAUGCUAUGGGGAGGCCUCUCCCAGAUUCUCAAACCACUCACAAUAGCAAACAGCAAGAAUCUUUCACUGUUGAGAAAGUGUGCUCAUGGGUCCAUGGCUGUUAUCUUUACAACCGCAUUGUCAGGCGCGUUUGUAGCAGGUUUGGAUGCUGGUUUGGUGUACAAUUCAUUCCCUAAGAUGGGUGACAAGUGGAUUCCAGAAGACAUCAUGGCCCAUGAUCCCAAGUACAAGAAUGUUUUUGAAAACCCCACGACGGUCCAGUUUGAUCACAGAAUUCUAGGUACAACAACUGGAGCGACAGUAGCAGGCCUCUGGAUGUUAGCACGUCGGGUACCAUUACCAAGCAGAGCUAGGCUGGCAGCGAACUGCAUGCUGGGAAUGGUUGGCAUUCAGAUCACACUUGGAAUCACCACACUUCUCAUGUAUGUACCUACCAGUCUUGCAGCUGCUCACCAGUCUGGGUCACUUACACUCCUAUCGCUAGCCAUUUGGUUUGCUCAUGAGUUACGCAAGAUCCCAAAAUGAACAUGCCAUUAUGCCAUGAGAUCACCGCUCCGAUUUUCUUUGGAAUAUCAACGUAUCUCUCUCAGGUACCAAGCUAUCUUUCGGCUGACCAUCUAUCCGGUUUACUACUCAUACCCCUCUCUCUAGCCUACUUGUGAGUUACACAAGGCUCCAAUAUGGCUUCAUUUUGUCUUUUCGGGGGAGCAUUACGACAUGAAAAAUACCUGUUGCAUGUUCUAUCUGACAAAGUCUGUUUUAUCUGACAGUUACCAUAGUAACAGUGCUCCUCAUCAGAUGCGAUAACUUUACAGAGAACAAGUGUUGAUGAAACACUCUUCGGAGAUCCUUCUUGGAAUCGCUUCUCUUCUGAAUGAACUGAAUGCUAUUCAAAUCUCACUCUGAGCUUUUUUAAUACCCCUGAGCUUCAAAAUAAACAAACGUUUCAUAGCCAAUACAGUAGAAGGAGGGGAAAAAGGUCUUCAUCAUAAUAUUAUUAAUUUUUUUCCAUGCUUGUCAAGUUGGUAAUAUAAGUUAUGGAGUUUGGCGUUGAAGUACAAGUCAAGACUAACUUUUUUUUGUCUGUUACCUCCAGCACUGAAGCACUUUAUUAUUGCUUAUUCCCAUGGAAUAUAAAAUCAUAUUUACCUGUUGACAUAGAAUGAAUUUAAUAUUUUUUUGUUGGCUUUAUACAUGGACCAAGUGUCCUUGCGACCUGUUCCUGGAUGGGGGUGGGGUGAGGGGAGGGAGAGGGGUUAGUAGUGGAUCACUGAUUAGCCUCUCACGGGCAGCGGAACGGUUUACAAAGUGGGGGGGGGGGCUGACCAUGCAAAAAAUCACAAUCAUAUGGUCAUUUUACGUUUUUGGACUGCAUACAGGUGGGAUGAUACACUUGGGCUUCCACCAUACACUGGGUUUAAUUAUUGUUAUUCUAGGGGAAUUCCAGCUCUGGGAUUUGUGAUGCCACUGGGCAACUUCUGAAUGCUUAGAGUUAAUUUCACCUGUUAAGUUCCUUAAUUACUAUAAAGGAAAGUUGUAAUAUAGAUGGUUAUUACAUUUUUAUUAUAAAUUUUGUUAUGACCUAAUAGAAUGUUGUUAGUCUGUAUUUUCUAGAUUGUUAUGGUAGUUAUAUGAUCAUGAUUGUAAUUCUUGUCGGUUACUUUUUGCAAAUAAUUUUUUUUUAUCUUCAAUGAAUUUGAUUUAAAUCUUGUUUUGUCACUUUCUGUUUGAAUUGUUAUACCAAAUAAUGCUAAGCAUUUUCAUAGAUAUAUUUGUCAUAUAGAUGUACAGUAUUACACUAUUAUGAAAGCGAAGCCAACAUAUUCAUGUGGGUCAUAGACCAUUGUAAAUGGUCCUCCAUAAAUUGUUAAAAACAAGUUUUGUACCGACAUUUGUUUGAAGGACAAUUUCUCUGUUAUGUGCAGAGUUUUCAGGUUCAUUUUUAUGCAAAUGUAUAGUGUCUUUUGUAGAUUUGAAAGUGAAAGUAAUUUGUAUUCCGGAUAGGUGUUUUUGUGCUAUUCAGAAUGGAAUUUAAAGGAAAGAUGAAAAUGAUUUCAAUCAUUUUCAUUGUCUUCAAAUAGCUUUUAAGUUGUUGUUUUCAAAGGAAUAAGAAAAAUGUAUUUCAAAAGAUCCUUUUAAAAGGUGUGUGAUCAUUCGUACGUUUCUCAGUGUACAAUAUUUGAUAGAAAUGUAAUGAAUUUCAAGUUGAUUUGUUAUCCUCGUAUCUCAUGCAGGCUACCAUAGAUUUAUUAUAUAAUCUAAUACUCCAAGUAAUUUGAGUAUAUCAGUUCACAUUUAAAUGUCAUUAUCUUUGCCUUGUUUUAUAAUAAAGCUGAUAUAUUGAUCAUGAUGCUGAUAUUUAAAGAUUCAUCAUACACAAUAAUCCAUGCAAUCAAUCGUAGAAAUCAGUCUCCUUGAUCAAUCGCUAAAUUUCAUGUUAUGAAGCUCAGGACCCUUUCUCAUAAAGAGUGAUUAAUUCAAACCGGCCACGACUAUGGCAGGCCUGGCUAUGGGAAGCCAAUGACAUUAUGUGUCAUCUGGAAGGCUUAUGAAGGAGCCUAGUGCUCAAAAGAGAUUUAUACGUGAUCAAUUUGACCAGCCAGCACGCUUCUUUCUGUUUACAAUGGGACAUUGUUUCACAUUUUAAGUAGACAAGUUAUGUCAUUCCUGGCUUUCCAUUAUUAUGAUUGAUUUGAAUCAAGUUAAGCUCUUUGUAAGACAGCGCCAAGAACUCCAGAUUAUAUUCAAGGGCGCCACAGGUAAGCAGUAACACAUAAUAGUAGUGCAAUAGCAAAAAUCUGUCUUUAGGAGAUAGAUCGUCAAGAGAUGCAUGAAGUGGUUUUCAUCAAUAUCAUGAAACAAAUUAAAGUUAAUUGAACUAUACUCGAUUAAGCACUGACUAAAGCACACAUUGACUUUGUUUUAUCAAACGUAAGAUUUGUUGUUUGUAUCAUACGAAAGCAAAUAUGAUAUCAGUCAAUCAAAAUGUGGAAGUUUCUGAUGAAAUAAUUUGUUGUUAUAGUAAGUUUUGUGAAACUGUCCCUUGAUCAAUCUUGGAAGUUUGAAUUUCUGUAGAAAGAAUAUUGUACAAAUCUGAUCAUUUUGUGGAAAUAAAUGAUGUGUUUAUAUACAUGUA